UACCAUGAAGUUUAUCAUCCUACUGUGUUUAUGGGUUGUCCUGCCGGACAGAUCAAACUCGGGCAAAGUCCAUCCAACAAUCAACAAAAAGCUGCAACAUGGACUAAAGAACAUUCCGUGGUCUUGGAAACUCACAGGAUCACACAUUGAAAAUAAGCAUCCUGUCUCCUUCAAUGUAAAAGUUUUCUCCACCUAUAAAGUCACUGGAAUGUUGAAAAACAAAAAUCUCAAGUACAGAGACUGUGCAGCCAUAUUGAAGAAGAAUCCCUAUAGAAAGAAUCUGAACGGAGUGUAUACGAUUUAUCCGGAUCUUAAAACAAAGAAACAUGUGUACUGUGACAUGACCACAGAAGGAGGCGGAUGGACGGUUUUUCACAAACGAAUAGAUGGGUCUACAGAUUUUUACAGAGACUGGAGAGCCUACAAAACUGGAUUCGGUAAUGCCAAUCACAAUUAUUGGAUAGGAAACGAUGUUCUACAUUUGCUGACCAAGUCAGGAAACCACGUCCUCCGUGUGGACCUUCAGAAAUUUAGCGGUCAGAAGGCGUACGCCAAAUACUCAACAUUCUCUGUUGGUGACGAAAGCAGCAAAUACAGACUGACUGUGUCUGGAUACAGCGGCACGGCAGGAGACAGUUUGAGCUACCACAAUGGAAUGAAGUAUUCUACAAAAGAUCAAGACAACGACAAAUAUCAUAGGCAAUGCACAACGAUGCGAAAAGGAGCGUGGUGGCAUAAGUCAUGUAAUUAUUCAAACCUGAAUGGGAUGUAUGCGAAUUCUGCGGUGGUUGAUGUCAAAUACAUGUAUUGGGUUCAUUUUGGAAAUCAGCGCCAGUCAUUAAAAAGAGCAUCCAUGAUGAUUCGACCAUGGUAGCAAAUGUAAACUGGCAAUAAGAAAAAUAAAGAAUGUAAACACGGUG